UGCCGCUACAGCCUUUGCGGCGACGGGUUCGAGCCGGCCCCAGUUUCGGCCAGCGCUUCUGCCGUCGCACCUGACCGAGAAAGUCGGCCAACUCUCCUCGCUCAUAUUUGGGGCUUUCAGAUUCCUUGGAUGCCCAGGCGCGAUCCUUCGUCGAACCAUGAGCGAGCGCGACAGUGCUCUGGCAGAUCACGAACCAUCGGCUCCCCCUCUGGAGAUGCUGUUUGAUGGUCUGGCCACCAGCUCCUCUCAACACACCUUUACCCCUCACCACUCGCGUGCGCAAUCGUCGCAGCCGCCAGGUCGCACAUCCCCAGCAGCUUGGAGCGAGUAUCCGAUUGAGCUCCGUGGCACCCGAGGGUACUGCCACGACGAUCGUAAGCCGGAACAAAUACUGAUUCCGGCAGAGAGCAGGCUACAGGAAGCUGCAUCACCAUCACCAUCAUCGCCAUUAUCGCCCACAAACAUUCUCGAGACCAACUGUCUUCUCCGAGACCUCUCCGAGCGAUGGGGUGGUGGACCUGACACUCACAGUAGUCACUGGGCGGAGCGUUGGGCCCAGCUCGAUGUCGUUGCCCGGAAGGUGAGAUUCUGGAAAAUCAAGAGACAUCGAAGAUCCUCGUCGCUGGUGCUGUUUGGUCGCGAGAAGGCGGCUCCCGAAAGGAACCAAGAACCAGUGUCCACUGUCGACCUUUGCAACGCAAGUAUCGAGCCCGCGAAGAAUGGAUACGGGCAAGAACAUGUCCUGAGCAUCCAUUUAAUGAAUGGCCGUGCCAUCCUGCUGGCGUUUCGGAAGCGCCAAGAUUAUUGCGACUGGCUCGUGAUGAGGACAAGGCUGGUUGGAUAGAUAGCUUUAAUCGUCCGGUCGCUGGUCACUCAAACGACUGCUGUCGCGGCGUUGGUCAAACGGGGCGCCUUGCUUCCAUAGCCGGUGUCAGAUUUGCAUUGAUCCUGAAUUCACGCAUGAUGCCAUAGCCCUCCAUUUCCGCGAGCGGUGGGCGAGGGCGGGUUCAGA